AUGUCCAGGCACUCAAAGACUCUACAAGAAGCCAUCAAUGAUUUCAAACACUACUCUGAUCGAACGACCCUUUUGUUCGAGCGAACUAGAAAAUGCUUUGGGGAGAUCGAGGAACGUCUUAAUCUCGGUCAACAAGCAGGCUCUGGAAAUUUGAUUGCCUCCUCGCAGUUGAAUGAUGUGGAGAGAGAACUUAGGAAGACACCGUCUGUGGUCUUCAUCGGCGAGAGAAAUUGUGGCAAAAGCUCCAUAAUUAAUGAACUUCUAAAACAGACUUACCUACCAGUCCACGAGAACCCUUGCACAGCCAGAAUCGUGCGAAUCAAACACGCGGAUGAGUUGAGCGCAAGGCUCGUUGGAGCAGAUGGGAACGUGGUACAAAGUGGGGAAGAUAUCAAAGACAAAAAACUUCUCGAAGAGUUUAUAAUGGUCCCAGACGAAGAGAGAGAGAAUCCAAAAGCUUUAGACGCUACUGUGGAGGUCGGAUUAAAUCAUGAGCUUCUGAAAAGUGGAAUCGAGUUGAUAGAUUCACCUGGGAAGAACGAGUCGGACGUUUUGGAUAGAGUGUUGGAGGAUUUCCUCGAGAAAGGCUCAGUUCCUCUUUUUGUGUACGUAAUUGACGGAAAAAUGCGUCUCAGACCUUCGGUAGGUUUAACUUCAUCUAGUCUAAAUGUAACUAGUCACAGCUACAGUAAAGAUACGUCUUGGAGGCGUUGUUUAUCUAAAUUUUGUUUAUCUGAGCGUCAUUGAUGAGCGGAGGAGGUUUGAAAAUACUCGGAUGUUUUUCAUAAUAACUCAUAAUUUUUAAAACAUGUCCAUGUCGAUUGUAACUGAAUCAAGAAACGGCUUUAAUUUCCUUUCGUAGAACACGGUUGUGGCAGUUUUUGAGAUAGCUUCGUUAGUCGUAAGAACGUGACGCGGAAGCCCAAGCCAACCAUUGUCUUUUGGAUUUCAGUGUACCCGGAAGUUACAAUUAGGUUUCGAAAUACGAUAUAAUUUUUGUCGAGUCAGGCAACUUAACUAAAUUUAUUCGGUUGGGGAAAAAAAAAAACCCUUGAUUGCUACACAAAUUCUCCUCGUCAGUGCCAUAGGAAUUGUAAAGAGAUCUGUACGGAGAAUAUGCAUACUGAUGUAAGGGUAUAAACGUGUAUAAAUGGUUACAAAAGACCCUGGUGCCUGAAAACCAAAACCCAUGCCAGCCCUUGACGGUGAUUUGAGGGAAAUCAGGGUUUUUUUUUCUUACUGGCUAAAGUAUUAUGCAGAUUUUUUUUCUCACAUUUGAGUUGCAGUUAGGAAAAAUUGGCAAUGUCAGCACUAUAUGUGACAUCUUUUUGUGAAAUUGAAUGUAGAUUGCAUAAAUAAUAUUAUAACUUCCAGAUGAACUACAUUUUACAGAAUACAUACUGUUUUCCUUCUUUCUUUUUUUUGCAAAAAACAAGUUUUUUACCGAUGGGAAGCUGCUGGUUUAGAUGUGAGCCUGUGUUUAGAGAAAGUGGUCCUUUGCACCUAAAUUGAUUUUGUGGCUUGUUCAAUUUUGUGCCUAUGUCCCCUCCAAUUGGUUUGAGGCAAAUGUUUAUCAGAGAAAUGAACUGUUCAUACAUGAAGAAUAGAUUGUAUAAAUUACAUGGCAAACUACUGAGUUUAUCUAGCAUGAAAUUUCAAGCUUUAAGCAGUAAAUCAAUGGUUUUUAUUGCAAAACCUUGCUGAACUUUUGUUUCAAAGCAAAAGUUAGACAAAAUAAUGUUCUUUGUUCAAUGAAAAUUUUGCUCAAAAAGCCUCAAAUUGUGAUUCGAACUUCCACACAACAAUUCAAGGAAAGUUCAUGAGAACAAAAGACUUAACUGACACAUUUCACUUGCAUUACUUUAAUUUGCAAGAUACAGAACAAGGAAAUUGCUGCAAUCAACUGCCAGUAUAUCCAUGUGUGUCUAAAUGAAAGGAAUUUUCCAGGGGAGUUCCUGGGCUCAUACAGAUAUAAAUUGACCUUGUCAAACCAGCAUAGCCCAGUGAAGUAGGGGAUCAGUUAAUUAUUUCUGUCUUGCACUAAUUCACCUGAACUGAGGAUGGUCAAGCCCUGUAAUCAAUCUUGCCUAUCUGUAGGUGUCACUCGGUCUAAUAAAGUCUUCCAGAGCUCAAAACUAUGGGUCACUGUUUUCCAUUACCCUUGUUUCAGAAGUUGGUUUGAUGUGAUUUUCCAAAGGCCAUAAAAGCUUUGUUUUCCAACUUCUUAUAUCAAAGUAUUUGGGGUCAGGCCUCUAAAAUUAUGGAAAAUCAUAUCCUGUGAGGGGUAGAUAUGUGUGAAAGAGCAAAAAAAUAACCUAAGUAACCCUGAAAAAUAAAUUGUAAGCUAUAUAUUUAACCCUUUAACUCUCACAAGUGACCAAGACAGAAUUUCUCCUUACAAUAUCAAUACAAUAUCAAGCAAAAAAGUGAUGAGAAUAAAGAAAAAUAUCCGUAAGGGAUUAAAAGUAGAUCCAAUACUAAAUUCUUCAAACUAACAUCACAAGAACUGUACAGCAGACAGUAAGGAGAAUUACUGAUGAGAUCUUUUGAGUUGAGGGUUAAUUCAUAGGGGCUGUCAAAUCAUCGGUGCAGAUUUGAAUGUUUAAGCAGAUUAGCAGGUUUGAGGCCUGACAUGAGUCUGCUUAAUUUUUGGAGCAUAGCACCACUAAAAAAUUGUUUAAGGCUUAGGGUUCAUAAUUUCACUACCUACAUACUAUCAACUGAUCAAAGAGAUUUCAGUAGAUCAGUUAAUGUUAGCUUUAUGAAAAGCAAUUGAGAAGGGAUGAACCCUCUCACUUAGCCAAGGGGUGUUUUCACAAGGGAAAAAUUCACAUUUUGCCUGGCAAUAAUUACACACCAAUUAUAUCUCCAUUCAGUUUUAAGCACACCAGUUUCCUUAACCCAUUAACUCCCAGAUCAAAUUUGUCAUUCUCCUUAAUGUCAACCAUACAAUUCUUAUAAUGUUAGUUCAGAGAAUUUAGUAUUGGAUCAACUAAUUAUCCCCAAAUUGAUAUUUUCUCUAUUCUCAUCAUUUAUCUGGUUGAUAUUGUAUUGAUAUUGUAAGGAGAAAUUCAGUCUUCGUCACUCAUGGGAUUUAAAGGGUUAAAUGAUUCUAGAUCUCUUGGUGAAAGCUGCAAUUAGGAAUAAAUUUAACAAAUAGAUUCCAUGUUGCCGUGCGUCUGUUCAGUAAUAGAUCACAGAUGACGUCAAAAUGUGGUAAGAACAAAAAAGUGUCACUUAUGAUCAGGAAUGUCCUGAUUAAAGAAUGACUCUAAAGUAAAAAAGCUUUAAAGAAAUAUGAACUCACAAUGCCAGAAGCAUGUCUGCCAAGCUUGCACAUUAUAUUUGACUAUAAAAAAGCAUGAAACAAUUGAUUUGUCAUAAUAUUUUGUUCGUUUCAUUUUAUUUUAGUCAUACUCUUUUAAAACAUGAUUUUCCACAAUGAAAACUGCACAUUUAAAUGUAGAUUAUUACGCAGUAAUAGUCCUGAGAUGAUAUUCAUUAUUUGUUUUUUUCAUUUCAAUUUAAGGACGUAACAACAUUAACCUUUUUGAAGGAUAAAUCUCCUCAAUCUUCCAUCAUGUUUGUCUGUAAUAAAGUAGACAUUGAAGCAACAGGACCGCUUGAUGAUGAUGAUGACGACGAUGAGGAAGAUGAAGAUGAUGAUGAAGACGAGGACAACGAAAACAAAAAAACAAAAAAGAAAAACAAAGAGGAAGUUGUCUUCAAUCAGCUGAAAAGCAGGGACUUUCUCACAGGAGAAUCUAGCAAAACAUGCGACUUAUUCCAUGCCAUUUCUGCAAAAGAUGUUCGCAAGGAACGAAAGAAGGAGGGUAGUGAGGGAGAAGCAACAAGGAGAUUCCAGCGAUUCCAAGGUCAACUCCAAAUUCUUCUCGCUCACAUCAUGAAAACACAGACUAAAAGGAUCGUUCAAGCCCUCCUGGUUUUACAAGAAAGCUUUGUGAACGUUGUCCAGUUGCAAAGAUCCCAAAUCACUCAGGAAGCAUCCAUCGUACCAGAAAUUACUAGACAGGCGUGCCAGAUAGAAAGUAAAAUGUUCGACACGUUAAAAUCCUUUACAUCCAGUGAUUCCGAGGAUACAAAGCAGAGAUUGCAGGAGCGUAUAAAGUCGUUGAAGGAAGAAUUUUCUCAGGAUGCAUUACAAUACAAAAUUCCAAACCAGCGUACUAUGCGAAAGAGAGCUCAGACUAUGAUCAAAACAGAUCUUAAAGUUGCAUUUUCGCCCGAACAAUUAUCAGAAAUGAACAGGGAGGACUUUGUUUUGGAGCGAUUUCUCGGUGAUAUGAAAGGCAACAUUUUGGAAAAAAUGUGCAAUUCCCUCGACAAGUUUGUGGGAUCCUUGAUAGACGAAGUAGCGAAUGAUCUUAUCAAAGCCAUCAUUGACUUCAAUGAGAACCUCACACAUCCCAUGGUCUCUAAAAUUUUGGAGGAAAGCUAUGGUGUGCAUUUCGUUGAAGCAAAGGCUAAAACACACGAGGUUAUUCAAGAUAUUCUUAACCAUCUUUUGGAUUCCAUAAAGGAAGCUGCCAGGGUUGCUUUGAGGAAAGAAAUUUCGGGACCCCUUAGUUCCAAACAGAUGACGACUCGCACAAAAAGGGAUGUUGCUGAUAAAACACGUCGAAAGUCAGUCGUGGAAUCCCUUUUCGACACAAUCGACGAAAAGAGGGUUGCAGAGGCAGUUUUUGAAGCCUGCUUCGAUCGUUUUCAGCGGAUGCGAGAUCGGUUUCUAUCAACCAUGGAAUUCCUCAAGCGCUUGCAAACGGCCUUUUCUAAUUGCCAAGCUACAGAGCAGCUUGAAGAUCUUCGUCUUCGUUUUACUCCUGAGAUACGAAUGCUUGCCGUCGAAGGAAUGGCUUUGAGAUAUGUGCAGAACCAUGGGCCAAUAGCAUGCGGCUCACUUGUAGCGAAAACACGCCACGGCCAACUCUUUGAUUGUGCGAGCGUUAGUUGGUUCCGUUGCUCGCCCAGUGGUCAGUGCGUGGUGAAAGUGAUCGAGAAAGAGAAAGUUGGUGAAAGUGCCUGGAAGCAGAAUGCAGUGGAUCUCGUCAAUAUGAUGUAAGUAACCAAUUCAGUUACUUUUUCAGUAUAAUUAUCAAAGUUUCAAAGUCGACUUUGGAAGAUGUGUUAAACUGGUAUCCCAUCUAGGGUGGGAUAGCAGUACUAAAACUUCCUUACCUUACCUUUUUGUUUUAGGGAUAUGAUUCAGAAACUAAAAGGUUCCCAUCCUAAUCUGUUGCGGCUGUACGGCUGGGUUUUCCCUAAGCCGGAUAUGCUACAUGUUGUCAUGGAGAAGGCAGAGAAGAGUCUUCUUUGUGCUCUCAAAGAGCUUGCCUCGGCCUGGACCCAUUCCUCGCUCUCCAAACUGAUCACGAGGAUCAAGAUGGCUCUAGACGUGGCUGAAGGACUGAAGGCCAUUCACGAAAUCGGCUACAUUCACGAGGACAUCAAGCCCGGAAAUAUUUUGGUUUGUCUGUCUAAUUUGACGAGUCGUGUUUUUUAAUAUAUUUUAGGAAGCUCACGGUUUUUCCUUUCAGUAAGUAAGUACCGUAAUAGCAUCACACAUUUUCCGAGUUUUCUUGAGUGCUUCUGCCAUAAUUUAUCACAAGAAUGAGAAGAUUUGACAAGACUGGCACUGUUCAUGUUUUGUUUUGUUGCCAACAAACCAGACAUAUCACAUUCGACUCACAAUCAACUCCUUACUUAGCUUUGAUGAUGACUUUGCAAGGUUUUUGCUCCUUAAGUCACUGUUACCAAUGAAAUUCUUUUUGGGGACUCUCCCUAGCUGGAAGAUCACAACACACGAUCGUUUGGUUUGUUUGUUUGCUUGUGCAUUAUUAAUCUUUGCUUUUGCUCAUGCAAUCAUUUAAACUUUUGAUUAGCGUGUAAAAAGACUUUUUGUGCUCCUUUAUGAUCUUUACUUGAUGUUCUUGUAAAUCUUAAGGUCAUGUUCCUCAUUACAUUUCUUUAAGCUAAAAUUUUGAUGUGGGUAACUCUCUCAUUUCUCCUAGUUAAUGUCUGAUGGAAGAGCAACGAUCAACCUCGCUAAGCCUGAAUGUCCAUACGACAUGACCACUCUGGGCGCUCCGUUCCACGUGUCACCAGAAAUGUACCAGUACCACGGGAAAGGUCACCUCAGUUACCUCUCCUACGACAUCUAUGCAUUUGGAAUGCUUUUAUGGGUGCUUUUGGAGGGAAGAGGUACAUCAAGACCGAAAGCAUACAAAGACAUGAAAACUAUCCAAUCCAUGCAAGCAGCAGUGGAGAAUGGAAUUCUCCCAUGUAAGGAUGAUGAAGAAUUCCAGAUUCCGUCAGUGAGUGAUGCGUGUUGGAGCUUAAUGACAAGGUGUUGGGAGGACAGAGCAUCCAUGACAAUGGAUAUUAUUAUUACUGAUUUAAAAGCCAUUAGGGAAACAGUAGAUAGGACCCGUUAACUCAAUGGUGAUGUUGCUUGAACUUUCCUAAGCAACUGGGCCUUAUAAGACUCUUCUUAAACCGAAUUUGAGUUAUGGGGUUAGCUCUAAGGAUUGGGUUGAGUCAAUAUUGUUGCCGUGGAAACCUAGACCGAUUAAUCUUUUCCUCACACCCCUCUGAAGCUAUUGUUUGGUCCCGUCACGCAAAAAAGAGAGGGUGUAGCGUGACGAGAAUAAACAACACUCGUUUUUGUAUGGUAAUCGUAUAGAAUUAAGUUUAUCAAGAGCUGUGUAAUAACUGUGCGCUACUGAAUACGUAUAAAGUAGAAAAUGAAGCGUUGAUAUUGCUUUUUGCUGGCUUGAAAUGAAAAAAAAUAUGAUAAGGCAAAGAACACGCGUGGAAAAACUGAUUAAUUGCUUUUGUUAAACAAUGGCGAGGUAGUUUCUAUGAGAGAGGAGAUCGACUUAUCACAUGUCACGGCUUUUCACCCAUCACCCUCCCUCCUUUU